UUUCUCUUCAAAGGGAUUGCUCAGAAAUGUACAGCUAUCAAGUAUCAUUUCUCUCAGCCGAUUCGUCUGAGGAACAUUCCAUUCAAUUUGACCAGGACUAUUCAGCAAGAUGAGUGGCACCUUCUACAUUUAAGAAGAAUUACUGCUGGGUUCUUGGGUAUGGCUGCAGCAGUACUCUUAUGUGGAUGCAUAGUUGCUACAGUCAGCUUCUUCUGGGAAGAGAGUCUUACACAGCACGUGGCUGGACUGCUUUUUCUAAUGACAGGAAUAUUUUGCACCAUUUCUUUAUGUACUUAUGCAGCAAGUGUCUCCUAUGAUCUGAAUCGCUUGCCAAAAUUUAUUUAUGGGCUUCCAAGUGAUGUGGAACAUGGAUACGGCUGGUCUUUGUUUUCUGCCUGGUGUAGUUUGGGCUUGAUAGUGGCAGCUGGAUGCCUCUGCACUGCCUAUCCAUUUAUCAGAAGGACCAAGAUUUUGCAUCUAAAGUUUGCCAGAGACUCUUGUGUAUGA